AUGUCGUUUUUAGGACCAAAAUCCAUGCACAGGGAAAAAUCUCCCCACCCUUGGGAGAAAAGUAUAAAGGACAAGUAUAGUGAUAGAUUUAAAUAUGCUCAUAAUUCCGUUAAUAAUCCAACGUAUCCGAAAAAGAAGAAGCUACCAAAGAAUCGUAUAACAUUUACAGUUAUCGGAAAUAGAGUGACGAAAGAAUUUAUUUACUGCGUGAACAUAGUAAAAGGAAUGCACAAGUAUAGGUCGAAAAUCUUCGCCCCACCAGUGAUAAAAGAAGUAACGGGUGUAGAAUGGCCUGGAGUGUGGCAAGACUUGAAAAUCAAAUAUGGAGGCACUGCCUACUGCAUCCCAAAGCAAGUGGCCAUACUGUACAAUGAUGAAUUUUUCGGAGGUGACCAGGAGUUAAAGGAGUUCAUGGAAAGCCGUUACAUUUACCAUUUAUGCCUGAAUUACGCCAAACUCGCCGUUGAGGCAUUUUCUGGAUUUGUGCGAUCUUCCGGACUCUACUCGGAUCUAGUUCCGUAUACUUGCGAGAAUUUCCUUCGCCUUUGCUCAACGACGCGUGGUGGUUACGGAGGAACACCAAUACACCGCAUUGUGAAGAACGGCUGGAUUCAAUGUGGAGGGUACACUUUGAAAAGCACCGAUUUAGGCUGCGAAAAUUUCAUAGUUCCCCACGACCGACGAGGCGUCCUUGCUAUGUGCAAUGAUGGCAGACAUGUAGACUGCUCCACACAAUUCUUCAUCCUCUUACAACCGGCUGAUUGGAUGGCUAACAAAUACGUGGCGUUUGGACAGCUGGUCGACGGUGAUAAGGUACUGCAGCAGAUUGAACAAGUGCCAACAAUGUAUGAAUCGCCAAUAGAGCCUAUCACAAUCUACAAAGCUGGUGUACUGAACAUGGAUUGUCAAAAUAUACGCAUCAACAAAAACAUACAAAAUUACCUGUACAAACACAUAGAAGAUCUCGUAGCUGUCGGGCGUCUGUUUUAUGAGGAACUUUUGGAACGUGUAUGGGCGGCAGUAGCAGCGAGGUGUAUCCUACGUGAAGUUGAAAUUGUGACUUCAGAUUUAGAAAUGACAGAUUCUGAUUCAGGGACAAUGUCACCAGAAAAAAUAUCGAAAACAUCGAAACAGGAUCAGCCGCCCGAUAUUGAAGAUGUAUUCAAACGCUAUGAGCCGGAGGAGGAACCAGCCCCAAUUCUACCACAAACAGCACCCCUCUUGCCAGAAGUAGAGAAGCCAUACUAUUUACCUUUUACUGAUGUCCCAUAUCCGGAUGAAACUGACUCGACUUAUGAUUUAAAAAGAUUUCUGCAGGGUCACUAUUGCCUGUUCUGUGAUUUGGAAGUGAAUUUACCCAAAAAUGAAAAACUAAAGAAGAAACUAUUUCUGCAAUAUUCCAAUAUUCCAUCUGAUAUGUUCGUGUUUGACGAUAAUAAAACUAAAAUUGAUAGUGGUAAGACUUUUAACCACAUAAUCCGUACCUGCACGCCUGCAAAGACUGCAAUCGUUGAAAACAAUUUGGAACGGGCGAGCUUCGCAGGUGGUAUUAUAAGGAAUAUCGGCAAGGGAACUGCAAUGUUCAAUCUUUUCGAAGGUGCUAGAAGGCGCUUAUCUGUGUAUGAACGACGUCAGUCACUGGCACAAUCGUCAAGGAGAUCUGAACUGAUGACCCUUAAUGAUGAAGAUUUAAGAAAACUCAAGCAAGUGUCUGCGUUUGAACGACGACAAUCAGUAGCCGUAGCACAGAAAAAAUCGACAUUACCUGAUUUGGAUGAUGAAAAUAUCAAAAAGCUGAGACGUAUGUCCGUGGUUGACAGACAAGGUGCACCAGCAAAUCGACGACAAUCUAUUUUUGACAGGCGCCAAUCUAUAUUCGAUCCCGGAAAUCAAAGAAAAUCUGUUACUGCGAGUGGACUUACUGAAGAACAGCUUAAAAAAUUAAGGCGAAUCUCUACUUUCGAUAGUAGACCAGACGAGGACGCUGAUAGAGAAGAUAUGCAGAGUGAUUCGAAACCUGGUAUAAGUUCUGGAUAUGACGCAGAGACAGAUGACCUAGCCCGAACCUCGUCACGUUUAAUGCAACGGCCUAUUGGCCGCCCUAAGCCAGAUGAAAUGGCAAACGAAAGGGUAAUCGCUAAGCAAAAACAAGAAGACGAAGAUUAUAGUUCAUCUGAUAGUGCAAAAAUGACUACUUUUCCACCAAUAAAAAGACGGGAGUCAUCUGAAGCCCAAGUAGAAAAAAAAGAGUCAUACGUUAUAGAAACACCUUUUGCGUUUACGCCAUCAAGACAAAAGCAUAAAGACGAAGACAAGGCAUUACCAGAAAUUGUUAAAGAAACUGGACAAUCUGGUAGGCCACCGCCUGAUGAAAUGAAUCGGACGCCAUCAAAACUCAUGAGACGGCCGACGGGUUUCAUUCGUCCAGAUGAGGUGAAGAAGAUCCUGCAAGCUCAGAACCGGGAUGAUGAAGAUGAUGAUGAUGAUGAUGAUAAUAAAGACGAUGGAGACAGCGAAGAUGACGAUGAGGACGAACCACCAGAAAUAUCUCCGGGGAAAACUGACAAAAAAAGAGGUUUAUCUUUUGCGGCCACGUCCCAGACGAUGCCAGAUGAUAUGAAUCGUACUCCGUCAAAACUAAUGAGACGACCGACGGCAUACAUUCGUGCCGAUGAGGUCAAGAAAAUCCUGCAGGCUCAAAACCGGUAUGACGAGGGUGAAGAAGAUGAAGAUGUCGCACCAAACGCCCCGACGUCACCCGCUGAUUCAGAAGACGCUAGUAAAUCAUCAUUGAUUCCGGCCGAUUAUAUGAAGAAGCGAAGACAGACCGCUACAUUCGCGCAAGAACUGACCGAAGUUAAACAAUUCCAGAGAGAGAAACAAACCUCUUCACCAUCGAGUGAGGAAAGUGAUGAAAAAUCUGCUGCUGAAAAAGCCGAGAAAGGUGCCAUUAAACUUCCAAUAAUCAUUCCACAAGAAGCACAGAAAGCAGAGGGAGAACCGGAAGGGAAGCAAACCGGCUAUGUUCGAAAGUCUCACGAGGAGGUACCUUUUCUCGAAAACAUAGAAGAUGAAAAAAAGAAGACAGACGAUGGUGCACAAGAGGAAGGUACAAUUUCAAAGCGAGUAUCCGAAACUAAACGAAUCUCCGAAACUAAAGACAAAGUCGACUUAGCAGCUUUGACCCCGAAAAAACUUUCAGAGACUGUCCCCUUAAAAAAAGGCCAUUUAGUGAGACGAUCUACUGCUGAGGAUGAUUCGACCCUACGGGAAUCUGUCAUCAGACGUCUGUAUGAAGAUGCAAUGCAAAUUGACGACAAUAUGGGACCACCUACCCUCAAAAACUACAAGCCGAUAUCAGAAAGAAUUCCAAAGAAUCUGUUGUUAUCAUUCGGUCGACGUAGAUUUCCAAAAGAGACCAAAAAAGACAUUAAGGAGGAUUUCAUGCGGCCGUCGCUGGCGAUGGACGAAUCCUUCGAGCAAGUGGCUAAUGUGCAGUAUAAAGUGAAGAGUAAAAUAUCAGAAGAUUACAUACACAGAUUGUAUAAAAUGGAACAACCGCGCGAGGUAUCUUUCAGAAGUAUGGAGUACGCUCACCGUAGGCCAACACUGAGCGUUGCACAAUAUCAACAAAAAAAUAAGCAGAGACAGGAGAGAAUACAGCAAGAAGAACGAAAGGAACGUGACAAGAAAUUGGCUGAAGACCCAAUGUUAGAACAGUUAUUUAUUAGAGAUGCUAGUAUUCAUGAGGCUCCGUCAAGUCGCUAGAGGAUUUUUUAAGAAUUG